GCACCAUGGGAAAGAGAGAUAACCGGGUAGCCUAUAUGAAUCCUAUAGCAAUGGCCAGAUGGAGGGGCCCAUCUCAACCUGUAGGCCCAACAAUACAAGAUUAUCUGAAUCGACCAAGACCCACCUGGGAAGAAGUGAAGAAAAAAAUAGAAAGUAAAAAGAAAGGCUCCAAAGCAUUGGCAGAAUUUGAAGAAAAAAUGAAUGAGAAUUGGAAGAAAGAACUAGAGCAAAGCAGGGAGAAAGCAUUAAGUGGAAAUGAGGGUCCGUCCAGAAAAAGAGAACGAAAGAAAAAGAAAAAGAAGAAAUCUUGUCAGUCUUCAUCUUCUUCAUCAAGUUCUGAUUCUUCGAGCAGUUCUUCAGAUUAUGAGGUUGAGAAAAAGAAACGAGGAAAAAAGAGAAAGAAAAAGAAGAAGCAUUCACACAAAUCAUCAGAAAGCUCUACAUAUGAAUCUGAAUCAGAAAGCAAGGAGUAUAGAAAAAAGAAAAAGAAGUCAAAGGAUGAAACAGAGAAAGAAAAGUAUAUUAGAAGUGUCAGCAAAAAAAGAAAGAAGACUCACCCUGAGGAUAAACCUCUAUCAUCAGAGUCCUCAUCAGAAUCAGAUUAUGAAGAGGAGGUUCAAGCAAAGAAGAAGAGAAGACAUGAAGAGCAAGAACAAACAAUGGAAAAAGCAAAGAAGAAGAAAAAGAAACAUCACAAGAAACAUAGUAAGAAGAAGAAAAAGAAGUCGAGUUAAGUCACAAGUCAGGAUAACAUCAAGAUGAAAUAAA